UUUGAACAACCGUUCCAAAAUUAAAAUGAAAAGUUAAGAAGAAUAUGUAAAUAUAACUACAAAUUAUAUCUUAAAACCAGUCUUGCUAAAUGUGAACAAGUCUAAGUUAAACAGAAUGAGAUAUUAUGCAAAAACCAGUACGUGGCAGCGUGGUCUAAGAAGGUUCUAUUGAAUAAAAGGAAAAUAAGUGGGUCUUGGUGAUUACAUGUUGUUUGUGCACAACAGAGAAAAUAAUAAAAUUCAUUAAAACUGAUUCCCAUCAAAUCAGAGUCGACCAAAGUGGUGUACAGUCAUAAACACAACCAAUAAAAGAUGCUUAUAAAUCAUUAAAAAUCUAUCUGUUUCGUAUACUCUAAAAUAUUUUAAUUUAUAAACCAAGUAAAUGUAUGAAAUACCUGUCCCAGGUCUGGAGUGGCUGCUGUUAGCUUUAUGGCCACCAGGGGGCACGACGUAGACGUGCGUUUUAAACACUAAGAGGCUUAUAAAUAAGAAAAGAAGAACACUCACUUCGAUUUUUUUCCCAGUAUCAAAACAUCUCAAGACACCUAAAUACGUACAAAAAUUCACACUACUAACGGUGUUUUUGCGUUUGACAUCGCAGCGGACGCUUUUGUUUUUACGUUCCACCAAAGAAAACCGUUUGUUUAAACAAGCUUUAGCGUGAGGUAGCUAGCAGAGACGCGGUGGAGCCUCUCCCCUGGCGCCGCUGAGCUGGAACCCAUCUCUGCGUGGCCGUCACCGCCGCACCAGCUGCAGUCAGGACCUGAGCGGAGAGGAAGUACCUUUACAAACGUCCAGCCGCCUCUCCGGAUCACGAACGGCCUGUAAAGGAACACCGGGACGAGCCGCUCACCUUCGCUAAGCGGAGCCGAGAUGCGAACGUAGCCGACAGCGAGUGCGGCAGGCCGCGGCGGGCUGGCUGCCUCUUUCCUUCAGCCAGGAGCAGGAACGUAAAUGUUGAACCUCCUCGUCCGCUUAGCUGACAUCGGUACAGAAGAUGCGCAAAGACGUGAGGAUCUUACUGGUGGGGGAGCCCAAGGUGGGGAAGACGUCUCUCAUCAUGUCCCUGGUCAGCGAGGAGUUCCCAGAUGUGGUUCCUUAUCGAGUGGAGGAGAUCACGAUCCCUGCAGAUGUCACUCCAGAAAAAGUUCCCACACACAUAGUGGACUAUUCAGAGGCAGAGCAGACCGACGAGCAGCUGUUCCAGGAGAUCUCCAAGGCAAAUGUCAUUUGCAUCGUCUACGCCGUCAACAGCAAGACAUCCAUAGAGAAAGUGACCAGUCACUGGAUCCCCCUGAUCACAGAGAACACAGACAAAGACAGCAGGGUUCCUCUGAUCCUGGUGGGGAACAAGUCCGACCUGGUGGAACACAGCAGCAUGGAGACCAUUCUGCCCAUUAUGAACCAGCACAGUGAGAUAGAGACUUGUGUGGAGUGUUCAGCAAGAAAUCUGAAGAACAUCUCUGAGCUGUUUUAUUACGCCCAAAAAGCUGUCCUCCACCCCACAGGGCCCCUCUACUGUCCAGAGAAGAAAGACAUGAAGCCGCUUUGUGUGAAAGCUCUGACUCGGAUCUUUAAAGUGUCGGACCUGGACAACGACGGAAUCCUCAAUGAUAACGAACUCAACUUCUUCCAGCGGAUCUGCUUCAACACGCCUCUGGAGCCUCACGCUUUAGAGGACGUGAAAAACGUGGUGAGGAAGAACACGAUGGACGGCGUGCUCAAUAACGGACUGACUCUAAAAGGCUUCCUGUUCCUCCACACUCUGUUCAUCCAGCGAGGGCGCCAUGAAACCACGUGGACGGUUCUGAGGAGGUUUGGAUACGACGAUGACCUGGAGUUAAAUCAGGACUACCUCUUUCCUGGGUUGAAAGUCCCUCCAGACUGCAGCACUGAGCUCAACCACAACGCCUACCUCUUCCUGCAGAGCGUCUUUGACAAGCACGACAAGGACCGUGACUGUGCCUUGUCUCCUGAGGAGCUGCAGGACCUGUUUGAUGUUUUUCCCUACAUGCCCUGGGGCGCCGAUGUUAAUAACACGGUUUGCACCAACGAUCAGGGCUGGAUCACCUACCAGGGUUACCUGUCACAGUGGACGUUGACCACUUACCUGGACGUCCAGCGGUGCCUGGAGUAUUUAGGUUACCUUGGUUACUCAAUCAUUGCUGAACAGGAGUCCCAGGCUGCAGGCUUCACAGUGACCAGAGAUAGGAAGAUUGACCUGCAGAAGAAGCAGACCCAGAGAAACGUGUUCCGCUGCAACGUCUUUGGAGACGUGGCCAGUGGGAAGAGCGGCUUCCUGCAGGCCUUCCUGGGCAGAAACCUGACGCGACAAAAGACGAUUAAAGAGGAGCACAGAUCCUACUACGCCAUCAGUACCACGUACGUUUACGCGCAGGAGAAGUACCUUCUACUUCAUGAAGUUUUCCCAGACUUUGACUACCUGACGGACGCUGACCUGGCCUGCGAUGUGGUCUGCUUGGUUUAUGAUGUCAGCAACCCGUACUCCUUUGAAUACUGCACCAAAGUGUUUAAGGAAUACUUCACGGACAGCAGGACGCCGUGCAUGAUGAUCGCAGCCAAGUCCGACCUGCCGGAGGUCAAACAGGCGUACGGCUGCAGUCCUCUAGAGUUCUGCAGGAGGAACAAGAUGCCACCUCCGCAGACGUUCACCUGUAACAUAGCAGCAGAACCCAGCAGGGACAUCUACACCAAACUGACCACUAUGGCCAUGUACCCACAUGUGAGCCAGGAGGACUUGAAGAGCUCCACGUUCUGGCUGAAGGCGAGCGUUGGGGCUUCGGUAUUUGCGGUGUUGGGCUUCGCCGUGUACCGAGUGCUGCUGAAGUCACGGUGACCGUUUAACCCUCGUCACGGCAGAAGGAGCCAGUGAAGCACGUCCAGCAACGGGACACCCACAUCAGUCCUGGUUCUGCCUUUAGAGUUCCUCUCAUUUAAAGUCAUUUUAUUUUGGAAGAAGAAACAGAAACAAUGGGUUAAUAUAAAUAAAUACUCUAUAUUUUAUGGCUUUAUUCCAUUUUGUUAUUUUUUUCUUGGUGAUAAACUGAUGAAAAUAUCUAAUUUUGUAAAAAAUAAAGGAUUUGCUGAGGUUGCUAUAUUUAUAUAAAAGUUCUAGUUUGUCUUUGGUUACUGAUCGAUGUGACUGACUGGGUUAGUGAUGUAAAUGCCGCAUAUAGCAGAUGGGUUCUUCCUGUUGAAGCUGAGCCACACCUGGUUCACAGGUAAAACAAAGAUGGCGGACAUGCAGCGGUCUCCUCCGACCCUCGACGGGCUCAGGAGGAACAGCUGAGCUGGUCUGGAUGUGCUAAACCAGGACUUUUCCUCUCGUGUGCUUGUUCAUCUGACGGAUGAGUUGUGUUUGCAUGCUGCUGAAGCUCCUCACAUAGGUCUGUCUUUAGCAGAGGUUCUGGUCUUACUGGAGCUCUGGACCGGCUGAUUUUUACGCUCAGCCCUCCUUGUCAGUAAAAAUGCAAUAAUGUGGCCACAAAUGUUCAUUUUCAUAAAGCGAAACUUGUGGCAACAAGGUUUGUGUUUCGUCCAUCAGGCCUUUCAAACGUUUACAGUAAGUAACGUCUAUGUAAUAAGCAGUGUUGAACUAGUUCAUCCUUUUAGUUAUGCCGCUGUGGGCCCAGACCACCUCUCCUCCUGUAUGUUUAUGUUUACAGCCGUUGGGAGGGCCAGGGGUGCGUUGAAGCAAUGCUUCUGUCUUCUCUUCAGGUUCCUGUAUUCAGGCACAAAUGUGACUAAAACAUUUAAUCGUCUAGCGAAUCUGAUUUUAUUACAACUUUGUUGGAUUUAGCUUAAAUCUGGACCUGAUGGAAACAGGACUUGUGACUUUUUGUUUAAAAGUUUGAGGAAAUUAAAUAUUCUUAGUAAAUCUGGACGUUUUUCAUAAGAGCUUGUGUUGACAGAUGUUUUGCUGCUAAAGGGAAAAGUUUUUGUUUUCAUCAGACUCUUACCUUAUUCACUCUGCUUCAUGAACGCUAGGGGGCAGCAUUGGCUGAAGAGGUUAGCUGUUGAGUAUGCUGUAGUUCACUUUAUUUGCUCACUAAAACUGAUAUAAAGCUGUAAAUGUUAUUUAUCAUAAAGGGAUGAAAACCAUUUUAUCAAUAAAACUGAACAACAUGAA